UGGUCGGCUGUCGUCUAGCACGUGUGCCUUAAUAACGCGCCGGUUAAUAUAUCCUAUCCAUUUAAUGACAAACUGUUAUUUAUUAACUAAUGUGAUUUAUUAAUGGUGAUUUUAGAAAAAAUAUUAUUGAACAAUUUAUAUUGACUGUUAUAUUGAAUAACUGUUACACGGAAUGCAGAUCGAAGUGGAUAUUAUUACGUGGUUGUUGCAGCCGUUGACUAUCAUUGUUUGCGGACUGGUCGGUUACGUUUACUUAUUUAGGGAGCAACGCGGACGAAAGAAUGGACAUUAUACAAAUCCAGAUUGGAACUUCUUCUUGAAGAAAUGGUGGGCAUUAUUGCACAUCAUGCGACGCCGUUCCGAAAACGUUUCUGGAAUAAGGCAAAGCCAGCUUCCAUCAACAGAGUCACCAAAAAUUCUACAGAGAGAAGAAUCUUCCGAUUCCAUCGCCAUAUAUGGUGCUGAUCAGCGUGGAUCUUCCGUCUUCCUCAAGAUCACCAGACGAAGACACCGUGUAGCUGAAGUGUGGCUGGUUGUUCGACUUUCUAAUGGAGACGUUUAUCAUUUGCCAAAUCAUCCCGAUACCGUGAUUGCAAAUAAUAAUUCGCGAGGUUGGAGCGCUGGAGGUCUCAGACUGAGUGUAUUGGAACCCUAUAGAAAAUGGAGGGUCACUUUCAAUGGUCUUUUAAGAGUGGACAAGCAAAGUUUUGGGGAGACGAGAGUUCGGAAGUGGUGCAUGUCCGUUUCAACUUCAUGUGAAUGGACAGCCGCGUCUACGCCAAUGUCGUGGCCGCACGACUGGAGUCCUCAGCUAUUGCUGAUGCCAUUGCUAGGGAACCCUGGAAAAGAUGGAAACUGGUUGAACAUGAUGACAUUUCGUUGCACUGGUGUAAGAGCUAGAAGAUGGGGACCUCACAAAGCAUCUUACAUGCAUCGAACUGCUUCUUUGUUGGAGUUUUGGAGAUGGAAGGAUAUUCUGGUCGAAGCCAAUUCCGCGUUGCAUGCACUUACACAUUACGUAUACGGAAUUGUCAGAAUGCCCAAUGGUGAAGUUCAUCCAGUAGACUAUUUUGAUGGAAUUUAUUUCAAUAACUCACUUGAGUUGCAAGUUGGGGAUCAAGCUCGCGUUUUGUGGCCGCCCUUGGGAAUGGGAAGCGUCAUAGUCCCCUUGAAUUGCCAACAAGGGGGAUCUUCUGGUGUUGGAAUUGCACAGUUAUGGUAUCAAUAUCAAGGAGAGUGCCCAGUUCCCAAUACACCUCGUGUACGACAUCUGGUGCCAACGACCAUAAUUCCAGCAUUACCACCUCUUAUAUUAGAUCUCAAAGAACAUGCGGCUCGCUGCGUUCACUGGUUGGUGGUUAAAUGUUGUGGAAUAGUUGCUGGUGAUCUGGAAGAUGUUUGCAAAAAACAAAAGUAUUGUUUAACAUCGUUUCUGAAACAUGAUCCUAAGUUACAAUUGUUACUGUAUACGUCAGUCAAUUCGAAACCAACCCCAUCCGAUGUUAAAUUAAUACAGAGGCUGAAUAAAUUUGAAUAUUUGGAACCAUUUGAAAAAACUAUCAAUUUGGAUUUGCCCGAAAAAACUAUUAACAAUGGUUCUUUAUUUAUGCAUAUUAUAAUUGUAAAUUCUGAUGAAUCAUGGGAGUGGUCAAAAAUGAAUAAAAAUGUUCAUAUUGUAGCAGAACGUAUUAAACUUACGCAAUAUGCAUUGCCACAAGCAGCAUAUUUUAAUUUGCUAUCAGAUCAGUCAGAUAAUUAUGAAGACACCAAGGAUUACGUGCAAAAUAUUAAACCAGUGACUCAUUUAAAGUCUAGAAUAUCAUUCACAAUGUUAACUGAUAAAAUUGAAAUAGCAGGCGAAGACAUUCCAUAUGAACUAACUCGGCAUUUGCGAUUAAAUUCGAAAAGGGAGUUUUUACCUAUAGUGCAACAUGAUUUUUUACGUAGUCGUCUAAGAGAUCUUGUUGAAGUAUCUAAAGAUAUUAAAAAAACAAAUUUUACUGUUUCUUAUAUACCAGUAUCUAUAGGCAGACUGAGAUUAUUAUUACAUGUAGAAUCUAGUUUAUUGUCCAUGAAGAAACUGGGCUUUACAGAUAAGGACAUUGAUGAAGUCAAGGGUAUAUUUGCAGACACAAAUAUUUAUUUGCUUUGUGGCACAGUAUUAAUUGGAAGCUUACAUUUACUAUUUGAUUUCUUAGCAUUUAAGAAUGAUGUGCUAUUUUGGAGGAAAAAGAAGAAUAUGAUUGGGUUAUCAAGUCGUACUGUUUUAUGGAGGACUUUCAGUCAAAUUGUUGUAUUUCUUUAUUUAUUAGAUGAACAUACUUCUUUAUUGAUUCUCAUACCUCACGGAAUUGGAACAAUCAUUGAGCUCUGGAAGGCUAGAAAAGUACUUAAAGUCAAAUUUAAUACAAAAAUUACUGAUGUAGAAGAAAAGAGGACUGAAGAUGUGGAUGCUCAAGCAAUGAAAUAUUUAAGCUAUGUUUUGUAUCCACUUUGCGUGUGUGGUGCAAUUUAUUCAUUGAUUUAUCAACCUCAUAAAAGUUGGUACUCAUGGUGUGUACACAGUUUGGUAAACGGUGUAUAUGCAUUUGGAUUUUUAUUCAUGCUCCCGCAAUUGUUCGUGAAUUACAAAUUGCAGUCUGUGGCAGCCUUACCAUGGAGAGCGUUCAUGUAUAAGGCAUUUAAUACAUUUAUAGAUGACGUGUUUGCCUUUAUCAUAACAAUGCCUACAGCACACAGAGUAGCUUGUUUCAGGGAUGAUAUUGUUUUCAUAAUCUAUUUGUAUCAAAGAUGGUUGUACCCUGUUGAUGCUAGUAGAUCUGAUGAUCCAGCAGCAGCUAUUGAGGAAGAGGAUGUGAAGAAAACAAAUUAG